UAAAUAUUGAAGCUUCUUCCCCACUUUCCUUACUGCCUUUUACUUUAGACCUUUUCUGCAAUUUGAAUUGCAAACUCCUCUAUAAAUAGCCUCAGAAGGUCAGACAUUUUAAAGAACCAAAAUGACUGCCUUGGAAGAAAUCAGAUAUAUUUUGCUCGGUGAGACCAGGGAUUCGAUCCCUGAAUCCCUGAUCUGUACCGAAGAUCUGUUAGCGAUGGAAAUCUGUUCUUCGUCUUCUAACAGAACCAGCUGCAGUGCUGAAGAAGAAAAAUUUGUGCAAAGUGCACUGAAUGAAGAAUCCGUCGAAGAAUCAUUCAAAUCGAUGGAGACUCAGAAAUCUGCCAGCAGAAGCAGUAGCAUUAACAGCAGCAGCAGCAGUAGCAGAAAUUCUCGUCCGUCUCUUUCCGUAAAUGUUCCUCGGAAGGAUUUAGCCUGGGGUUUGAAAAACCCCGUUUCUGUUAAAAGUCCGUUCCUGUCCGACGCCUGGUCGAAGCUGCCGUUAAAUGAGAACGAUUCAGAGGACAUGUUUCUGUACGGCGUUCUGAAAGAGGCCACGCAGAAGGGCUGGAAUCCUGUUACGCCAAAGAAGCCGACCCCUGCACCUCCUGUCAAGAAACAGACAAUUGUCCGUCAUGAGACGGAAGUCAAAAGGACUGGAAGGCAUUACAGAGGCGUGAGGCAGCGGCCUUGGGGGAAGUUUGCAGCGGAAAUAAGGGACUCUGCUCGGCAGGGGGCUAGGGUUUGGCUUGGAACCUUCGAUACAGCGGAGGAUGCGGCGCUUGCAUAUGACCGUGCCGCUUAUCGGAUGAGGGGCUCUAAGGCGCUGCUUAACUUUCCGCUUCAGAUUAACAGCACAUUAAAUGCUACGGUUUGUGAUAAAACUGCUGGUUUGAAUAGGGUAAAAAGUGAGGGAUUAAAUAAUCCGGGGACUAAAAAGAGGGCGAGAGAUCCAGUGUGCUUGGAUGAGGAUGAGAGACAAGUUAAAGUAAAAUCUGAAAGUUUUACUGAGGUUCGUGUGUUUGAAGAUAUACUUGCUACAAUUAGUAGCCCGCCUCUAACGCCUAGUGGAAUUUUUUUCAAUUGCCCCGGCCAACUCAUGGUGAAUUGAGGAUUUUGGCAUCUCAUUCUUUGGCUUCUUUCUAUAAAUUCUUUGUACUUUUAGAAAAAAAAAUCUGAGGUUUUUGAGGUUUGGAACUCAUGAUGUACAUUGAGAUGAUAUAAAAAAAUUUUAAUUGUAUUAA